AUGCCUUUCCACGAUCAGGACUGGGAAGACCUGCAGCGCGACUGCGACAUCUUCCCUGCCUACACAGACUUCAUCUACGGACCCGACGAGCGCCUGGUUGUGACCCAGGAGCCUGGUUUACACCCUGCGAUAUACUACAUGAAUCUACCCCCGCCGGUCCGGUACACUAACAGCAUGCCUUCACGAUCUUGGUCUUACAAGACCGCCGAACGACUCGAGACGCUUGAACCUGCAGCUAUGAGAGAGCUGCAACACGAAAACUAUGGCUUCGCUAACGCCGACGUGACUGGCACACGCAGCGGUAGUACUACUCCUGGAUUGGAUGUACGCUCGCAGACGGGCAGUCCUUUUUAUCCGUUGUUACCGCCCCAGGGCGUCCGCACUGUUCACGAGAAGGAGAUUGCGCAACGCAGCAUGUCGAAUGCGUCGCAGCGCCGGCUCCAGCCUGGAUCAACAGUUCGCUUUAGUCCAUCGCAGCAGCAGCAGCAGCCAGUGAGACUGACCAGACAACAGACGCAGAUGAGGAAUGCUCCAGUCUAUCAACAGCCUGUUGGUCAGCAACAAAAGCCGUCCUUCUUGCGCUCCUCAUCUACCACUGAUAUCGAUGAGAACCUGGCGCAGAUAAACUCACGUCACCAGCCGACCAUGCUCUCGCCUUUCACCUCACCAACGCCAACGCUACCUCCCCCAAUCACGCUGCCCCAACAACAGCCAUAUACUCACCAGGUUUAUGCUCAACCCCCGCUUCAGCCGGGCAUCACACCCGUGCAAUCCUCCCCCUCGUCCUCGGACCCAUACUACAAUAUGCCUCACACUCCUCAACAGCAGAUGUCGCCGCUUCAGCCACCCGCAUUCCAAGGCUAUCCGGUGUCGUAUCCUCAGGAUUCCACUCCUGCACCGAACCCUACACCGCCGCAACUGUCCGUCCAGCUCCGCGCGGAAAUCAAUCGCCACUUACUACAGGUCUGGCAGUGUCUGCGGGUCGUGCUAUGUACCCCGGAUAGCCCGUCAGAAGAAGCUGCACAGAACAAGGAGCGCGCAGGUCGGUGGAUCGAACAGUUCAAGGCGAGCUUACCAAUUGAGGGACGCCCGUACCUGAUGCGAGUCAUCUCAAGGAUGAUCAAGGAGCAUAACGCAGGGGGGAAUGUAAUGGCGUUGUUGGGGAUUCCUUCUCGACCAGCCUAG